AUGGCGGGUCUAAAUCAGGUACCCAUGUCACUUGCCGACGGCGUGCAUGGGCGCAAACGAAAUGUGACCAUGGCGGGGAUCGACAGUUCACCCGGCAGUAUUGACGAUAUGGACGACCAAGAGGCACGGGAAGAGAAAAGACGCCAACCCGUGAAGCGCGCUUGCAACGAGUGUCGACAACAGAAACUUCGAUGCGACGUCAUUCAAGACCCCUGGGCCGAUUGCUCACGAUGCCGUCGACUCAGACUCGAUUGCAAAAUCGAAUCCAACUUCAAACGGGUUGGGAAGCGCAGCCGCAAUGCGGAGAUGGAGAGGGAGAUUUUGGAGCUCAGGAAGCAGAUUGCUACCGGCCAGCCUGUACCGGGCAUGUCUCAGCAACAGCAGCAGCAACUCACGGCGGGACAACUGACCCCUAAACAAGAGUCGUGUCAGGUCAGUCCUGCUGUAUAUCAAACUCCGUCGGCCAUGUCCGCAGAUCAGUAUAUGGGAUCACAAGAAGCCGUUGCGUCCCUACUCGACUUGCGCUCGGGCUUUGAUAGCUCCAAUUUCAUGCGAAACGGCGGACAAGUCAAGCGCAUCGAAGACGUGAUGGUCGUUCCCGAGAAGGUUGGGGAGCUUUUCAAUCUGUUCUUCACCUACUACCACCCUUUCCUACCAUUUUUGGACCCGAAGCUAUCCCCGGAAGACUAUUACAAUGCUUCUAAUCUCCUCUUCUGGACAAUUAUUAGCGUUGGUGCGCGACGCUACCAAGGCGAUUCAGCCCUAUUGAAUUCGCUCGCUGGCCCGGUCAGUCGACUGGUGUGGAGCACUCUAGCAGACAUCCCUCAAAGCUACCAUGUUGUGAAAGCGCUCGCCUUACUAUGCUCCUGGCCAUUCCCGACAAGCAGCACCUCCACAGACCCAACUUUCAUGCUUUGUGGUAUGAUGGUACAGGUUGCAAUGCAGCUAGGCCUGCAUCGGCCCUCCCAUACACAAGACUUCAGCAAGUUCCGGGUAGAACUUAUUGAGGAAGAGUUGAGAGACAAGGUGCGCACGUGGGCUAUUUGCAACAUCGUUGCUCAAAGAGUAUCUACCGGUUAUGGACAGCCCUCCUCCACGCUCUACGACUGGACGCUGUCAUCGAGCGAUGCGCUAGACCCUAACUUCAAGCUGCCAGAAGACCUGAGGAUCAGGCUGGAGAUUGAGAAAUUCUGCGACAAGAUUACCAGGGCGCUCUACACAAAUCGACGUGAUCCCGUUGGUCUCACCAGCGAUCAUGAACGAUCUUCAAUGAUCUCUUUUCUGUCGCGAGACUUCGACGAGUUGGAGGAAAAACUCAAGCCACAGAGUGACAGUAUCACCGAAUUAUUCCUCCGUGCUGCAAAUCUCCAUUUGCAUCUUUCGGCAUUCUUUGAUGAGCCAACCACGAAGAAUUACCGUGAACGUGUUUUAUCCCUAUAUGUCGCGACGACCUCGUUCCUCGAAAAUGUCCUCAACCUCGAGACCGAUGUUGGUCCAGUAUUAUCGUACACGCCCUACUAUGUCUACCAAAUGAUGGUUGCCGCUGGAUGCACUCUCCUGAAGCUUUGCAAGAGCUUCUUCUCCUCUCAUAUCGAUAUGGACUACACCAAACAUUUGUUCAACCGAACAAUCUGGGCCAUUCGCGGGGUCUCAGCUUCCAGCAAUGAUCUUCCCGAACGACUUGCGGAAGUCUUGGCUCAGAUGUGGAGACUGGGAGGAGCAACACAUCGGUCCAACAAUAGUACCGAUCUUGACGACUCUCUGCGCCUCAAAGUGCGUUGCCGGAUGAGUAUGUCUCUUCUUUUCGACUCUGUGUGGCGAUGGCGUGAGGACGCCCGGACCAAGGGUCGCAACAUCGAAGCGUACUUGAAAAAUCCGACAAACCCAGACUCUGCCGCCGAUUCUUCGGCCACUUCCUCUGUUGGCCCCAUACCCACAUCUACAACUACGCCUGGUAUUUCCGGGAAUGAUCCGAGCCUUGCCCCAGCACCCAUGCUAUCGCAGGCGAGCCUUGGGAUCCAACCACCUUCUAAUCAGGUUAAUGGAUUACCAAGUGGGUUCAUGGAGCCCAAUUACGAGGUCUUUGAUCCGCUUAAUUGGUUGCUCGAUGGCCUGGUAGACUUGCCAUAUUCAUACUCCACUGUGGGUGGAAUGGAGUCCCAGGGCAUCGCAUAA